ACUCCUACCGGUACCUUCUCCUCCACCACCACAAGACAGCACGCCUCUUAGUCGAAACAAACCACAACCGUCUCACGCAGCACCUUGAGCCUCUUUGCUGACCUGCAGCUGGCCUGCUAUAACCCUCCCCCCGUCCCUCUCCCUCUCCCUCCCCCUUCCCUACAUAGUCGCCAACCCAGCGCUUCCCACGCCCAUCCAACGCUUUCGCGCCGCGCAUCCCUCCUCGCCCAUUCGUCCUGCCGCCUCGCCGCGACCGUCUGUCCAACCCUCGGAAUUGAUAGACGGGCCUCCAUCGCGGCACAGCCCUGGCACAGCGCUCGGUUCUGCCUGCUUUCGAGCCAGCCUGAGGCAGAGCAGAGGCAUGGCGACCGCGACCCAACUCAUGCCGUCACCCAGUGGCCUGAACUCCAUGUCAGCCUUCAGUCCCUACACCGACAGCCCCAGCUCGCCCGCCAACUUUGCUCAGGUCUUUUCAAAUAGAUCCUCAAACACUUCGGACCACCUUCAACCCCCGCCCAGUCCUUAUCCCGCCACAGUCGACCCUUCGCCCGUCGACAGCAAUGGCACCAGCCAUACUGAUCACACCGAGAUCGAAGACGACGCCCAGGUCAACCAUGUCGGCGAAGACAACAUGAGCGACAUCAGAUCGCCCGCCACGGACGAUAUCGUGAGCCCGGCGAGCCAUGGCAGCCAGCCAAAGCCCUACAGGCUCGACACGACAGUUUCUGCGCGCACCCGUGCCGACUCCGACGACGCGCCCCCCUCCGUCAUCCACGCGCCUGCCCAUUUCAAACAGUUUACUCGCACAGGUAUAUCCACCGCGUCUCCCAACGUAAAAUCACCCGAGAGUUCCGCCGUCGAGUCGCCGUCGACGCCAGAAGCACACAUGAUUCCCGAUGUGGACGAACAGCACACGUCUGCCUACAACCCCGCCUACAACUCUGCAUACACGACCCCAAUCGAUACUUCGGUAUCGCCUUCGGGCAUGCCGGAUCGCAGCACACCCCGCGCACAAACACGCUACGACUUCGAGGAGGACAUGAAGCGACGCAGCAGUCGUAUGAGCGGCAACCUAGCUGACAUAGCUGAAUACGACGACAAUGCCCCAACCGACUCUUCGGCAAGCUCCGUCAUUGACCCAGACGACAGCCAGUCUUCGCAGUCGCAGAGCGGCGAGUCCGUGUCCAUGGGCACACAGACAAUGGGCCAAGCACUACACGGCAUCAACGAGACGGAGAAGGAAGUCGUUGCCCUCCAGGGCGCCUUGAACGAGUGCUGGACGCUAUGCAACUCGCUGGCCAAGCUGAGCCAACAUCAUCGCCAACGCAUGUUCCACUAUUCUGGCGGACAGGCCGAUAUACACGAACACGCCUGGAGGACGUGUUGGCGACUCUGCCAGAAACUCUACGAGAGUCGCGACGAGAAUCCUUCGGCACAGAUCCAUCCGACGUUGGAGCUUUGCCGAGACUUCUGUCAAGCGCUGUUUGACGUGCGUCAGCGUGGCGAUGAGGCGUCUGAUUCGGUCCUCAGAGUCAGCUUCGAGCUCAACAACCACCUUUACAACGCCCACGACCGCAAUCUGCCCGAGACGUUCCGCGAACGAACAUUUGACUUUUACCUAACGCUGUGCCACCGAUUGAUGAAGCAGCGCACCUCUCUUCCCGAAGAGACAGAUUCACUAUUGCAUGCAUGCUGGUCGUUGGCCGAGAUGCUUUUCAGCAUCCGCCAAAACAGCCGUGACGGCAAACCUGCCGACGAAGAGCUGCUAGGCUCUGCCAUACAAGCCUGUUGGGAACUGUGCGACCUGUUCCGCGAGGGGUGGACCCAGGUACGGCCCGACCGCGGGACCCCACGACCCACGCAGUAUGCCUUCUCUACUGGCCCCACUUCUGUGACACACUCUCAAAUCGCAUACUCGGAACGAUCUGGGCGGUCGUCCAGUGUGAACGAUUCCUAUCACUCGGCCAUUUCAUCUAGAAUGGCAACGCCAAUGCAGCCAGAGACGCCAACCACCAUUUUCGAUGACCGAGAAGAGUUCUCCCCGGCCGAGUCUGAGCCCAACGUCCCGAACAUCCUUGUCCUUGGUCCAGAGGCCGGCAUGACGCGGACACACGACCGCUGGUCAUCAGCCUCUUCCAAUCUCUCGACAUACUCCGACUCUUCAGUCCAUACCUCCUCUACCGCAACCGCAGGACGAUCGGAUCCCAACCUGAUCCGUCUCAAGGGCCUGAUCAUCAAGGCAGCCAUCAACACGGGCUAUAACCGUCAGAUCCCACUGCCGGACUUCAUCCGCGCCUUGCCCUCCAACAGCUUCGGAACAAUCCCUUGGCAAAGUCAGCUAUUUGAAAGCUAUCGAAAGCUUGUACUAGCAGACCCGACGCUACGGACUGUUCACACACAACCACUCCGCAGAUUAACUGCCCUUGAGAUUGGCCGGUCUGUGCAAUGGCUGGCUCGCAGCGAGCAUUUCAAGUGGUUACGUGAGCUCUAUCGAUUUGUCUUUGGCAAUUAUCCUGAAGACACUAGCCAACGCAAUCUUAUUAUCAACGCAUAAUGCAGCUUCAUUCGGCACAAGGCUUGUUUCAUCACCUUGGCCCCGGGUUUUCUGGAUGGGGGGGGCUUUCUGUUCUGUUUCCGCCAUAUACCCCAACGCUCUCUUCUAUGCACAUGAUCCAUUUCUAGGCAUGUCUACUAUCUUCGCUUCUUUGUAUUAUUUUGAUCAAUAACUACUUUUAUCGGGUUGUUCAAGACUGUUCAUCUCAUUGGCUUUCUUAUGACUGCAGAAAAGCCGGCUGACAUGAUUUUUACCAUGACUUAUUCAUUCCUAUUCAACCGAGAUGAAGUUUGCGGCUCCUCCAUCGGCGCACGUGGUUUAAAUGUAAUCUGAAUGAUAAUAACGAUACGAGAUCCUCUCAACAUAACAGUGCUUCGUAUCUC